CCCGUCAGUCUCACGUGACUCCGCAGCCGGCUGGUGUCAUGGCGGCGGCGGUGCGCCGGGCCUUGAUGGCCGCUGUGGUGGUGGCGGCGGCUGUGGCGUUGGAUAACGGCGUGGCGCGGACGCCGCCCAUGGGCUGGCUGCACUGGGAGCGCUUCCUCUGCGGCACCGACUGCGCUGCUGAGCCGGAGCGAUGCGUCAGCGAGCGGCUGUUCACCGAGAUGGCCGACGUGAUGUCCGCGGACGGCUGGAAGGAAGCGGGCUACGAGUUUGUCUGCAUCGACGACUGCUGGAUGGCGCCCACGCGAGACGAGCGGGGCCGGCUGCGGGCGGACCCACGGCGCUUCCCCAGCGGUAUCCGCGCACUGGCCGACUACGUCCACUCCAAAGGGCUGAAGCUGGGGAUCUACAGCGAUGUGGGGAGCAGGACGUGCGCCGGGUUCCCCGGUAGCUACGGGCACUACGAGUUGGACGCACAGACCUUCGCCUCCUGGGGUGUGGACUUGCUGAAGUUUGAUGGCUGCAAUGCCGGCUCGCCGGGGCUGCUGGCAGAAGGUUACAGGAAUAUGUCUCUGGCGCUGAACAAGACUGGCAGACCCAUCGUGUACUCCUGUGAAUGGCCUUUCUACCUGAGGCCCAUGCAGCAGCCCAAUUACACAGAGAUCAAACAGUAUUGCAAUCACUGGAGGAACUUUUAUGAUGUCUAUGAUUCUUGGAACAGCAUCAAGAGUAUCGUGGAGUGGACAGCACUUCACCAGGACAGCAUUGUGAAGAUAGCUGGGCCAGGGGGCUGGAAUGACCCUGACAUGUUGGUGAUUGGGAACUUUGGGCUGAGCUGGGAGCAGGCAGUGACUCAGAUGGCCAUGUGGGCCAUUAUGGCAGCGCCGCUCUUCAUGUCCAACGACCUGCGGCACAUGAAACCAGAGGCCAAGUGGCUGCUCCAGAACAAGGAGGCGAUUGCCAUCAACCAGGACCCGCUGGGCAAGCAGGGCUAUCGCAUCACUAAGGACAAGAACUUUGAGCUGUGGGAACGGCCCCUGUCUGACAGAGCCUAUGCUGUGGCAGUGCUAAACCAGCAGGAAAUUGGGGGACCUCAGAACUUCACCUUCUCCCUCACCUUCCUUGGCAAUGGGCUGGCCUGCAACCCAGCGUGCUGCAUCCAGCAGCUCCUGCCGACCAGCAGGGACUGGGGGGUUCACAGCUGGGUCUCCUCCCUGAGUGUAGAGGUGAACCCAACAGGCACCGUACUGCUCAAAGUAGCACCACUAUAGGAGGAGAGGUUUUUCUUUUGGUAACCCUCAAGCUCUGCAUUCACUGCUCAAGAGCUUCUCCAUGGACGCUGAGCCUUCUGCCUAGUGUAACAAAUGCCCAUGACUCCAUUACCAUGAGAUAGCAGAAAAAGGGGUGCUGCUUCUCUCCUCUUUACCCUUUCUCUGACAUCUCGCCCAACUCUCCUUUCCCAAAGGUUUACAAGGCCCCCAGCAGGGCAACAACUCACUGCUGCUACUACCAAAGAUAUGUAAGAUGUGCAAUGCAGUGCUCUGCAGCUCUUCUUCAGCAUUUCAGGCACAAAAGGGCAGCACAGCCCAGCUGCUCUGCUGUGCUUUAGCAGUCAGGAGUGCACACUUGUGGCCACUUAGUCCACAACUACGAAAAGCUGUUCCUGCUGAAGAAACUUAACACUGUCCUGAGUGGUCACCUUCUGAACUCGGGGACUGGCCUAAAUCACAGCACUUCUUAGCAAGUGAGUUCUUAGCAGCCGCCUGCUUAAAGUAAUCAAGCAUGAUGCCUUCAAGCUGAGCUUGGAGAGUUUUUCCUCGCUCACAAGUCUUCCUUUCAUCAGUGGUUGUCCCUUUAGACAACAGUCCCCCCAUUCCACCCUUUAUGGGGCCAAUGGGGAUUGGCUUCCUUAGUGAGCUCCCUUCCACAAAUAACUGCUUUCUUUCUCCAGUGGCAGCAGCCUUUAGCUUAAAGGUCCUCCUGGUACAGGACAGAGACGCUUAACCACAAUUACCAACCAGAAGCAACACUCAGUACAGUGGAUUCGAUGCUCUAUUAUACACCUCUUAGAGCAAGGAACAUCUGUUGGGUUAAUGUACUUGCACGUCUCACCCCACCAGCAGCACAGAACACACAAAAGCAAGUUAACAGAUCACUUCCAAACACUUUAAUAUGGUCCAAAAAUGAGUAGGAUGCAGCUUAGAACUGUAUCACCUGGCCCUAUAAGAAGGAAGAGAUGAGUGUGAGUUUAUUCACCCCUGAAUCUUGCCCUCUCCCAAUGGUAGCACAUAGCCUGCUGUCUGUCUGUCCCUUCUGCUGCCACUCCAGGCAGGCUGUUGCAUGCUGCUGAUAAUCCUCCCCUUGAUACAGAGCCUCACUCAGCACUUAGGGAGGGCUCAGCCUGUGAUGCUGGCAGUAUUUCCCCCUUCCCCCCAAGGCCACAUGCAGAUGAUGCUUCCAUCACCAGCCAGUCUUGGUACACACACACAUACCUUUCUCUUCUUGUCUCCUCCCAGUUCAAAGUGCUUGCAUCUCUUAAUGGCCAGCAUCCUCUUGGACCUGCAGUUGGGCUCCACACACUCCAGCCUCAGCACAAUCUUCUUUGUGGUCUUGGCCUGAGGAGGGGGGAAGAGCAAUGAGCAGUGUCCAAAAAUGAAUAAAAUGCUGCUCUCAGGAAAAGCCUCUUAUCUCCACCCUUACAACAUUCAUCAGCUUGUUCUCAGAACAUAGGAAGAAAUUAAACACAGCUGACUUGCUCCAUUAAACACAGAAAAGUAUCUUAAAGACUGGUAAA